UGGAGCGCGUGCUGCUGCAGCACAGGACGUGGUGAGCGUGCCGAGACAGCACGCACACCGCGAGCUUCCGGCGCGAGCGUUCCCCUUUUGCACGGUUGUCGGACUGAUUGUGUCGCCGCUCGGCAGCGGGGCAGAGCUCACGACUGCGUGUGUGCGCGGUCCGGCGGAGAGCGCCGGGAGAUGGCGGCAGUGUUCGGACAGCUGGUGGUUGGACCGCCGGGCAGCGGCAAGACCUCGUACUGCCGCGCCAUGGGCGAGCUGCUGCGCCGGCUGGGCCGGAAGGUGGCCAUCGUCAACAUCGACCCGGCCAACGACGACCUGGUGUACGAGGCGGCGGCGGACAUCUCGCAGCUGGUGCGGCUGGAGGAGGUGAUGCAGGGCCUGAGGCUGGGCCCUAAUGGGGGGCUCGUGUACUGCAUGGAGUUCCUGGAGGAGAACGUGGACUGGCUGCUGCAGCAGGUGGCCCAGCGUCGGGACCACUACUUCCUGUUCGACUGCCCCGGCCAGGUUGAGCUGUACACGCACCACAACUCGGUGAAGAACGUCAUGGAGAAGCUGUCGUCUUGGGGCCUCCAGCUGUGCACGGUCCACUUGGUGGACGCUCACUACUGCAACGACCCCGGCAAGUUCGUGUCCACGCUGCUGCUGUCGCUGUCCGCCAUGCUGCAGAUAGAGCUGCCCCACGUGAACGUGCUCUCCAAGGUGGACCUGGUGUCGCAGUUCGGGGACAAGCUGCAGUUCGGGCUGGACUUCUACACGGAGGUGCUGGACCUCGGCUACCUGCUCGAGGCUCUCGACGACGACCCCCGCACCUCCAGGUUCAAGAAGCUGAACGUCGCGCUGGUGUCGCUGGUCGAGGACUACUCGCUGGUGUCGUUCCACCCGCUGAGCGUGCGCGACACGGACAGCCUGCUGGCCCUGAGGAGCGCGGUGGACAGGGCCAACGGCUACAUCUACGGCUGCGGGGAGGAGCGCAACAUCCACGCUCUGUUGUCCUGUGCCGUCGGGGCGCAGUACGAAGUCGAUCGGUCCGGCAAAGUACGGGACAUGGCGGAAGAUUAUGAUUCUCGUGGUGAUAACGAUGGCGACGGCGAACUGUUGACACAUAACGGGCGUUAAUAUUCUUGAACUGUUUUUUUAUUAUUGAUUUUGCUGAAUUACUUUCAUAUUUAAAACUAACAACAUUUUGUGUUAGAAAAUUUAAAAUAUUUUCAAAAAUAAUCCUUGAAGUAUGCAGGAAAGCUAGAUUAUAUUGUGUCAUAUUGUUCUCCUAGUUCUUAUAUUCAAGCAGGGUCUAUGAGUUAAAAUAAGUGAUCCUGUCUAUUGUAUAUAUUUUUUUACCUAUACCAUUCCUCAAGGGAGAAAUGAUUUCAUGCUACUAUGUCUUGUAAUUUUUUUUCAGUUCUUCAGUAAAAACUAUUACGCCCUUUACAGUAGUACCCAAAUUCUUAGUACAUACUUGUUUUCCUGUUCUCUGCAAUUUAAUUUAUACUGAGAACCAAAACUUUAAUAACUCUACCUUAUAAAUCCUUACAACCCAACUUUUCCCAGUAAAAAUACAGCAGACUCCUUGCUAAACGUUGAGGGCAUAACUUACGUUCGCUCAUGGCUUUUUCCCGUUUCAUGGAAGAGUGAUGUCAUCUAGUCACAAGAAAAAAUUAUGUAAGCAAUAAUGGAAGUGUUAAGUCUCCAUAUCACAUGCCAUGUUGGUAUUUUUAUGUAUAUGACUUUGCUUUGUUUCAAGGACUGUUGCAAUAAAUUUAUCUCACUCGCCCUCUAUCUAUAGUGGUAGAGGUGGGUUUUUGUUCCCAGUAAGAACCCAGUUGGAGAACACACCCUUGCUUUCAAUGCAGUGUCUGAGUUUACGUUUGUUUGCAUGUUUUUUUUUACGAACUUAGUUUUAUUCUGAGUUUGAUGAAAUUUUUUACACUUAACAUUCAAAGCAAGUAAAAUGUCAUUGCCUACAUAUGAUUUCUUAAAACUAUCCCUGAUUACCUGUGCCACCCAAUGGUAUUUUUGAGUUCCUCUCAUUCUAUUUGAUGACUGCUAAGAAUAUUGCAAUAUUUUGAGUGACUUAGUGAUCCAAUAGUUCAUGUUUUUGAACAGUUAGGUGAGCUACGUUUAAAAUUAUGUUAAAUGCUAGGUUAGCUUAAGUUAGAAACGUUAAACAUACUAAUAGUGUUUUUUUCGGGACAGUAGUACUCAAAAAUACCAUUUUCGUAGUUUUAAAUUUGUAUUCUAGGAAAAACUAUUUUAUGAUGUUUUUACAAAAUCAGUUACAAAAUAAACAGUAUAAAAAAUUCAAGUUUGAAGUUAAUUAUUUUUCAUUAGGCAAAAUCAGUACUUAAAUGUUUGUAGAUUGCAAAAACUUGUUUUGAUCAUGAAUAUACGGUUUUAAUAUAA